AUGCAGCUUCGAUGUUUUGCCGUAGCGUUGGUCGCCGCUAUUGUCCAGGCUCAGAUACCUAGCGACAUGCCCAGUGAUGUCCCUUCGGGCACUCCCAUUCAAGCUCCGGUUGAAGGUGGGGCUACCUCCAGUAUGCCUUCGACAAUGCCAGCUGCUUCGAAUUUGUGCUUCAUCUGUGGUGAAGGCCGUGUUGUCGGAAACCCUGAUGGUGUCAUUAGUGGUGGCGACCAAACUGCUACGUGCGGUGAAGCGAGUAUGGCCGGUCUAUCUGGAAUGAUCCCUGCCUUUCAAUGCCCGUUGGUUCAGGGCAUAGCUCCCGGUUUGUGUGACUGCCGCGAAGCUGGAAGUCCGACUGCUGCUCCUGUUUUUACGACGGAAGGGACCCCUUCGGCGAGCCCGGUGGAAGUGACAUCUAACGCCACUAUCCGUAACACGGUCCUUGCGAUCGGGAGCACAAUUGUCGCUUGGAUGGCCUGUUGGGGCUAG